CACACUAACGUUUCGCAGUGCUUGUAGCCGCCCCCUCCCCCCGGGAAAGGCAAACAGGGCAUCUCUCUUCUUCACGCCGGUUCCCUUGUUGUCGCUCUUACAACUCCUCUGCUUCCACCCAUCCACGCCAAUUUCCUCUUCUCUUUCUUCUCCAACACGUCCCACGCCAUCAAUUGCUGGUUUUUAUUUUACAGCAACAUACUGGAUUACUUUUGCUGCAUCCGUUCCAAAAUCAAUGCUACUCUGAUAAUAUUAACACUACCAACACACGUCUACCGAUUUAUCCCCUGCGCAAGGAGGGAAAAGGGCGUGAAGUGUCUUACACUGCCUCCCCUCUCCGUCUCGUGAGGAGGACGACCAUGGCCGAAUCUGCCAGCCUCCCGACCCUAACCAUGGCCAUGGACCACGAGUCCUCCGAUUACAGCUACAUCUCCGACUCUUCAGGGAUAUCUGACUUGAGCUCGCCUCCCGACUCGCCGCAGCCGCCGUCAGAGUGCUAUCCAUCACCACCGCCGACGCAGGACGACCAGGAGAAGCGCGCCCGAGCUUCGUCGGAGCCCGCCAAGAAACGACGGCGCGUGGGUCCACCGCCGCGUUCAACGGAGCAUCUGGACUUGACCAAUCCGGAAAGGCUUCCCUACGCUGACCAGCUGCCCCAGAUCAACCUGCUCACCAAGACCCUAAGAUCGCACCGCAAGAUUGUCGUUAUUGCUGGUGCUGGUAUCUCAACGUCUGCCGGUAUCCCCGACUUUCGCUCAGCAGACGGUCUGUUUAAAUCCGUUCAAAAGAAACACAAUUUAAAAGCAUCGGGCAAGCUACUAUUCGAUGCUGCCGUCUACCGCGAUGAAUCUCUCACAGCUUCCUUCCACGAUAUGGUGCGGGAACUUUCCAAAGAAGCCGCCGAUUCACAACCCACAGCCUUUCACCACAUGCUAGCUCGAAUGGCUCAGGACAAUCGCUUGUCGCGUCUCUAUACUCAGAAUAUUGACUGUAUCGAGUCUUCACUACCGCCCCUACUGACUCAGGUUCCUCUACCUUCGAAGGCUCCCUGGCCCCGCUGCAUCCAGCUUCAUGGUAGUCUUGAUAAAAUGGUCUGCCAGAAAUGUCGUCAUCUCGCCGAAUUCGACAGAAACCUCUUUGACGGUCCUGAACCGCCUGCUUGUCCCGCCUGCACCGAAACGGACGACUUGCGCACGACAACAGGUCAACGCAGUCACGGCGUAGGCAAGAUGCGCCCGCGCAUUGUAUUGUACAACGAACACAACCCCGACGAGGAAGCGAUUGCGGCUGUGAUGAAUUCCGACAUCCGAUCCCGUCCAGAUACAGUGAUUGUCGUCGGAACCAGUCUGAAGAUACCCGGUGUGCGACGUCUUGUCAAGAGUCUAUGCAAGGUUGUCCGUAGUCGGCGCAAUGGAAUCGCCAUGUGGAUUAACAACGAGCCUCCUGUCGGUAAGGAAUUUGAAGAUUGCUGGGAUUUGAUCGUUAAGGGGAAUUGUGAGGAAGUGGCACGAUUGGCCGGACUGAAGAAGUGGGAUGAUAACACGCCUCCCAUUUUCGACGAGUGCCGUGAUAUGGACUUUGAACGGGCUAAGAGGGAGAAUUCUGUCUCUGUUGUGGUUCAGACGCCAAGUAAAAAGAGAACCAUUGAUGCUGGUGUCCUUACUCCGGUCUCGAACAAUGACGAGAGCGGUACAGAACAGCCGAAAAAGACACUCGCCAAUCCUGCAAGCAAAGGAAGGAAACUGACGGACGUUUUGGGCAAGCCUGUCAAUCAGAAAAGACCGGUGGCGAAGAAACCUGCGGCCAAAAACCCUGCAGCAAACGCGUCCAAGAAGCCAGGACGGCCUCCCAGGGAACAAUCAGCGAAGAUUAACAAGUACACCAAGGUCACCAAAGGCGCAAAGACCGCACCUGUCAAACAAAUCAAGAACGAAAAGGAUGACUCGCACAACCCCAUGAAGAAUGUGGCUGCAAACAUCCUCUUUCCCGGCCUAGUCAACAGACAUUCUGAAGCGAAACCUGCUUCAGGGACCAUAUCUCCCAAAGGAGUGCCGAACGGAUACGCGGCGCUCAUUGAUUGAUCAUUUUGCCUAAUACCCUUUUUACGUUCCAUCGACCUAUGUCUUGACAGUUAUUCUUACGAACGUCCUAUUCAAGCAUCAUGGUUUGAUGAUACCAGAAUAGACCUAGUACACAUUGCAUACGGCGGCGUUAUUAGUGGUUAAUGUACAAUGACCCCGGGUCUUUGAUUUUAGAUCAAUCUGGCUUAUCCAAGGCGUUUCUCAGGAAAGGGUUCAUCCUGGUCUGUAUUUCUCCGUUAACAGGCUGACUGGCGUUUUAAAAUGGUUGGGGGUUACACUUUGAGAGGAUAUUUCUACGAUACAUACAUAAUAUGUGUUAUCCGUUUAUUUCAAUUCAAUAUCCUAUCGUUACCUCUGUCUGUCCUAUUGAGCGUAACCGGUACAAGUAGUCAGACAAAUCCAAGAGUUCAAAAGUCGAUACUUUGC